UUUUAUUGGAUUAAUGGAACAUGUGCAUGAAACCAAGAAGAUCUGCUUGGGGCUCUUCUUGCCCACUUUACUCCGUAACAUCAGGAAGGAAGGUACGUACAGGGCACGUACCUCGUUGCUUCCUCCCCAGCGGAACCACUUGGUCAAGGUACUUCCGCCAAGUACCUCCUACUCUGGCUUUCCCACGUCUGCCAUUUCGAUAUGCGUAUUUCUCAAGAGACCAGCAACUCGCAUCGAUUCGACCCGACAUAACAACACUGCCGCAGUCCACAUAUACAGCCACAAACGCAACAAAUCAACAGACAAGCUGCACAAGACCCCCCUCCAAAAAGCAAGUCGAGAGCCUUCCAACCAGUGUGUGUACGUGGGGGGAAAAGCAAUGGAGGGGCAUCCUAGACUCCACCGGCCUUGGGUAGCAUCACGUCAGGCCGGACCCUAUCGGGUUCACACGAAAGUCACGGGAAGGACCCUUUAACGACGCUCAUUACUCGAUACUUUGCGAGCGGUGGAGGGGAAGGGAUCCCGACACAGCGAAUAAAGAGAUGCGGACCCUUUCUUUGGCCUGGUCUGGCCUGGUCUGUUCAAUUAGGCGAGGUCGAGAAACCCCCAUCCCACUGCAGCAAGGAAGUGCAGGACAGUCCAGUCUCAACAGAACAAGAGGUGGUGGAAAGAAGAGAGAGACUCGAGCCGAGAGAGGUGGACGGACAUGGGCGCGCGGACCGUCUCACCAUUGCUUUUUUUUUUUUUUUUUUU